AUGCGCUCGUCCUCACCGAAAACGAACGCCUGCAAGGCAGCCGAGGCGGCGUCUACUGGGCCGUCUAGUGCGCCACUCAAAAGCUCAUCGAGGGGCUUUGCGAGUCAUGCGGCGUUUGCCGGACGGGAGAGGGGUGCCGCGUUGACGACUGGCGUCGCCGCCGCUGUAGGCGCCUCAGCGUCUCUCAGAGCGACUGGCAGCCCGCCGGCAAAGCGAUGCGCCUUCAAAGUGGGUCGUGCUCAGCAUCGGUCAGCAAAUGCAAAGGGUGACGGUGCAGGGCAAGUUCCGCCGACGCACGGGCAGGCAGACAGCUGGACUGUUAGGACUUCCACCCUCGGUGCUCCCUCCGCACUGCAAAGUCGACAGGCAGCCCCGGAGCGUUCGCCGGGUUUUCCAUUUGAUGUAUAUCCUACCCACGUUGUCUUUGAUACAUUCGAGGCCAAUCGCACGUACACGGCCACGCUGGAGUUGAAGAACCACACGACGGCAAACGCGCACGUGCGCGUAGACCGUCCAAGCCCCUGCAGUGGUUUUGAGUUGUCGGCGCCGCGCGGGGCGGAGACGUCGUUGAGGGUGGCUCCCGGUCUCUCGGUCAUCUACACAGUCAUCUUCAACCCAACUAGCAAUGCUAAGGACUACGUGACGCACCUCGUCGUGCGAGCCGAGAACAGCGAAUCGUUCACUGUCCCAAUACACGCGUACGCCAGUCGUGGUCAGCUACACCUUCCCGCGGCGCUCACGCUGCGCGAGGCACCAGCGAAGGGCACUAGCAGCACACCUCUGUUCCUCCGGAACACGACAGAGCAGAGCUGUAUGUGGCAGGCGAUGAUCUUCGAUGUCAGCGGUGUCUCUCCUGAUGCAGUAUCGCCAGACGCAUCGUACCCGGUAUCUUCAUACUUCUCCAUCACGCCCAGCUGCGGUGUGGUCGAGCCUCUCUGCGGUGGCGGCGAUGGGACAGCAGUGACGGUGGCCCCCGUUGCACUGAACUUCUAUCCUCACCCAAGCAUGACUGCUGCCGACACGUGCAGGGCGCUGCUGCGUUUUUUUCUUGGUCCAGAAGGAGACACCGUGCAAGACGUGCGGCUGUCGGCGCAGGUGGUGGAGUUGACCGGCAUCGUGCUGGAGCGGACAGAAGUGACGUUGGCGGACACCUACGUGACGACUGAGCGGCAGGCAGUGGUGCGCCUGUGCAACAACUCGGACAAUACCGUGCACUUCAUGUGGAAGAGUUCGUACCGCGAUCGCUGCGAGUUUGACAGCGAUGCCGAUGGGAGUGUAGCCGGUGAUGACGCAGAAUACGACAGCGACGGCGCGUCCGCAGGUGGCAUGAUUUGCAGUUGCGCAAAGAAGAAGAGCGAGCUUACCACAACUGCCAGCGGCAUCGUGUACGGCUGCAGCAAGGGUCCCCAGCAUCAGCUGUAUCAGUGCCCUCACCACCGCUGCACCAUGGAUGAUUAUACAGGGGAUGAGGCGUUCCGCAUUGAGCCGCUAUCGGGCGUUCUUUACAGUCGCGGCGCGCGCGAGUUCACCAUCACGUUCAACCCCAAAGUUGCCAUCUCGUAUGAGUCCAUGGCGUUCCUGGAUGUGACUGGGCUGACGAGCCGUCUUCCUCUCACGCUGCGUGGCCACGGUCUCGGACCGCAGUGUUCUCUUGAGUACAGCCGACUCGAGAUCGGCGACGUCUACUUGAACGCGCUGCACGAGUAUGAAGUUCGCAUGGAGAACAUUUCCUCUAUUCAGUGCCAGUACGUAAUCAUGCCGCCAUUGCCAGUCUCGGCAGCCAGCGCCGCUAUUGCUAUCUCAGCGGAGAAAGGUACUUCAACGCCGUUGAUGGACUUCUCCAGCAAGUUCCGGUUUACCCCCUCCCAUGGCACCCUCGGCCCUGGCGAGAAUGUAAAGCUGCGUAUCGAGCUGCAGUCAGACCGCAUCGGCAGCUUCUCCGAGGUGUUUCGUGUGCAUAUGCAGGGGGCAGUAGAGGAGGUGCCACUGCUUCUAAAGGGACGGGUGCUGGGCCCUCACUUUCAGUGCAGCGUUGAGGAACUUGACUUUGGCAACGUCUCGUACAACAUGACACACCAGCGCAUCAUGCAGAUUGCGAAUAAAAGCCCGAUUCCGAUGCACUACACGCUACGCGUGCCGGACGAGUGCACCUAUGCGGACGACUUGAGCAUUUCACCUUCCACCGGCGCCAUCGCGCCGAGGGCGACGCAAGCAGUAACCAUCACGCUCCACUCGCGUACUGUUGGUGACUAUGACACAGCACUGCUGGUCGAGGUUGCCGACGUGGACGAUGUGCUGGACGCGAUUCCGCUCAAGGCUACCUGCAUGGUACCAGCCCUCUUCUGCAACGUGACAGAACUUUCGUUUGGCGGUGUUUUUGUGGGGUACCCCGCCACGCUGAACGUGACGGUGCUGAACGAGUCCGCACUGACGGGCAUGUUCGAGUUUGCGCUGGUGGGCGGCGACGUCUUAUCUGAUGUCGUGGCGGUGGAGCUACCGGUGUCGACGGAGCAUGAGAACGGUGCGCAUUGGCUCCCUCCGCACCAGACGGUGCAGAUGCCCGUGACCUUGACAGCCCUGCGAACUGGAAAGCUGCACUUCUCCAUAGUCUUUCGGGUACUGGGCAUGGACACCGCUGCCGCCCCGCCGCAGACAAUUCUCGUGAGUGCAAUGGCAAGUGGACCACAUGUGGAGAUGCAGCCGAGCACCCUCCAGUUCGGCACUGUCGACGUCCUGCGCGAAGAGGUGAAGGAGCUGACGCUGAAAAAUACGAGCCCCGUGCCGGCGCCAUUCUCUCUCGUGUUCCACCGCUACGGUAGCCUUUUUGCUGCUGCCGCUCGCGUCGAGGGUGACGCGAAGGGGUCAACUCUCACGACCCUGCCCUUCCCUCGCGUGCCGGUGUUUACGAUGGAACCGGCCGACGGCGUGCUGGAGCCGCACAGCGUUCUCACCGUCCGCGUCCGUGCGAAGCCAGAUGAAGCGAUGGUGUUUACCGAUACACUACGCCUCUGCCACUCACCGGCGCCGCACAGCGCUGCAGCGGUGGAUGAGAUGGUGGGAACAUCGGAGAGCAGCCCAGUUGUGACAGUCAAGGUGAUAGGCAAGGGAAUCCCGAUCGUAUCGGAGCGCCCAAUCGAUGUCGUCGAGCUCGGCGAUGUGCUGACAACCGCAGUGGUGGCGGAGACGAUUACGCUGCACAACUAUGGGCGUCGUGAGCAGGAGGUGCAGUGGCAGAACACACGAAGCGCGAAAGGCAAGGAGGGGGAGCCGCCGCAAGCCUUCGCCUACAAACCGGAGCGUGCCUCCAUCCUGGCCGGCGGGGCGUUGACGUUCACUUUGUCUGGUGGAUCCGACGAGCCAGGCACGCGCACGGACACCUUCACUCUGAAGCAGUCUGGCACCUUCAAGGAGGUAUUGCGCAGCACUGUCUCAGCCACUUUUAUGGUUCCAACGUUGUCGUGCAGCACCCGUGCCAUUCACUUCGACUUCGCAAACGCAGAGCCGCUGCAGGCACUGGAUGCCCCCUCGGCGGGCUCCUUGGUCAAGUCGCUGACGAUAAUGAACCCCACCAGCAAGACGCUCGCUGUGUCGCUGCGUAUCCGAAAUGUGGUAGCUGCAGUUUCGCCGUUGCCGUCACUCCCGCCGGUGGGGGACUCCUCCAACACACCAAGCCAUGCGCCCUUUGAGCUCGAGGGGCCGUCGACCAUUCUCUUUGCUCCUGGCGAUUCCUAUGUGGUCGGUGUUCGCUGCAACCCCCUCUACCGUGGCGACUUCACGUCACACACGACGAAGGCAAAACUUCAGUUUAGCUUCGCACAUCACGCACGCAAGGCGCAUGUCAGCCUCAGCGCAAAGCUGCGCUUCCCUGCGAUUGUAAUGAGCCCAUCGACGCUUUUGGAGUUCGGUACUGUUCUGUGCAACACAGAGAAGCGACGUACAAUUACGCUGUCCAACUCCUCCGUUGACCUACCGGCGCGCUUUGAGUGGGCGUUACGGCCGAAGCUCGGCAACAGUGCAGGCGUUGCCGCAAAGGUGGCAGGGGUGGGUAACGUAGCGGCAGCGGAGGCGCAGCACCCUGGAGACAGGGGUGCAUGUCCCACUGGCAACGCGGGAGAUGAAGCUGAAACGGCCGCGGUGAAGUCCUUCGACAUUGUCCCCUUCACUGGAAUGCUGAUGCCGGGAGAGUCAAGGAGCGUCGAGGUGACUUACCAAGGAGCCGGGUGUGAGGCAGCUCUGGCAACGGCUGUGUGCCGCGUCCACGGCGGCCCGACCUACACGAUUGACGUACAUGCGGCCUCAAAUGUCGUUCAGGCGCGCUGUGACCGAACAGAAAUCAACUUUGGUCGACUCCCAUACUACGAGUCAGCCACGCAGUCCGUGAUGCUGUCGAACAGCACCCUCGUCCCUGUCAACUGGGAAGUCGACCAGCGCAGCAUGUGCCAUCCGGAGUGCGUGCGUGUGUCUCCCGUGUCUGGUGUACUACGGGACAAGGUGCGGCUGCUCAUAACGUUCACGCCAACCGUGCCAGACGUCUUCGAGGAGACCUUGUGGGUGCGCAUCGGGCACCUUGAUCCGCAGCUGAUACGACUGCGCGGCUCGGGGUACAUGAACCGGCUGGUGAUGGCCACGACGAGCGCCACCGCAUCGGUCGCGGAGAACGAGGUGGCCGUGUACAGAGCCCCAUUUCACGCCUUUACUGAAGCACUUCAGUACGUGGAGUCGAAGCUGGCGUCGUCGCAGCUGCGCAGUGUGUAUGCGUCGCGAACGGUGGCUCCGCUGCCCACCACUCUCUCAGCAGCAGGUGGUGCGUCCGAGUCAAGCGCGCCGGCGCUACCCGCAUUGAUGCAAAGAGAAUGGGCGUCGCUGGAGGCGGAGCGGCUGGCGUUCUGUCGCGCUGUAAGCGAGUUCCAGGUGUCAGAGCACAGCUACUGCGCGGGCACCAAUGGGGCAGCUGACUUACCGCUCUUCUGGGCGCCACGAGGGCUUCGUCGCAGCUCCGUGACGGCACUGCUUGGCAAAGAUGGCAAAGGCGCCAGGACCGAGAAGCUCGUCCUCGCGCGCUACGUCGUCAACUUUGGGCAUCUCACCCGGCACGAUGUGCGCAAAGUGACGCUAAAGCUUACGAACCCGUCUUCGACGGAGGGGGUAAAUGCGAUGGUGGACAGCAAGGAGCUCGAGCACCUGCCCAUCUCGGUGGAUCGUGUGAAGGGAAUCAAUGUUGGCCCACUGGAAACGACGACGCUGGUGUUGACGAUGGACGCCACAAAGCCGGAGAGCCUCGUGCGCCAUGGAGAGAACCGCUACGAAUUUGUCAUCGAUGUGAAGCAUGGUCCAGUCAUUGUGGUAGAGUGCCGCUGCUACGUCGCCACCCCGUCGCUUCGUACUGCUGAAAGGGAAGUGCGCUUUGGGCCGGUGCUGCUGGGCGAGGUCAAGGUACUACCAUUGGUCCUGACCAAUCCGGAAGCGGUGCCGUGUCCAUGGCGGGUCACAUGCAAGGAGGGGGUGGCGGCGGAAACGUUGACGUCCACAGCGCCAGGGAGACAGUUGCUGCGCGACGGACAGAGUCAUGCACCUGCCGGCUUCGUCGCCGCCGAGCCCCGUAGCAAUGCCAGGUCCCAGCGGGCUGCACCAGCGCCUCAAUUUUGGGUAAAGAAAGAUCAUGGUGUGGUCGAGGCGUCUGGCACCACCACGAUCGAGGUGUACUUUGCCCCCAACGGUAUUACUGUCGAGGGCGAUGCAGGGCUCAGCAAGCAUGGAGGCAACGCGCCAGCCAUGGCCACUCUACGUUUCCGCUGUGGCAAGGGGUCCGCCGAAAGUAUUCUUACCGUGAAGCUCAGCGGCACCACCUUCCAGUACCAAAUCAGUCUCUCCACAACGCAGGUUCAGUUACCGGUGGUCCGCCCGCACCAGGUGAUACAUGAGUCGGUGACGCUGACGAACAACGAGGAAUUUCCUGUGGAGAUGUACAGCCUGGGCCGUGACACGCAGCACAUACAGGAGGUAAGGCUACUACGUCGCGCAAUGGAGGUGAGUCCGGGUCAGGAGUUACUCUUGCCGCACCUGGAGGCAGGCGAGAACCUGCCGGAAGCGCUGCUAGAGUCCAUCUUCGCCCGCGUGCAUGCCGCCUCCGAGGCGCUGAAGGAGGCGCCAUCGGCCGCUGAGUUAUCAGCUGCUGAGGCGGCGCUGGCGAGCGCACCAGCGGCGGCUAACAAGGGCGGGAAAACAUCGCGGGGGAAAUCCAUCUCUGCCGCAUCCCGCGCCUUCAUCUCCAGCUCGAAAGGUGCGCGGCACGAAAAGGGCAAGGUGGGUGAUCAGUCGGCUGUCUCUGCGUCUGGCGGAAUCGAGAGAAGCCUCAGCGACAGGUCAGUUGUGGCCGAUGGUAUUGCAGACCAGAGGCAUGGAGCUGGCGACGGCUGCACCGCGGCGCGAAUGGCGAGCCCAAGCGUUGUUCUCCUUGUCGGACCUCCCCACAGCGGCAAGACAAUGUUGGCACGGCAGAUGACUGAGUGGGCGGAUGCGAGCACCGUGAUCCACGUGGACGUUGAUGAACUCAUCCGACGCGAGGCGGACCGCGACGACACGGUGAGCGGAGCGGUGGCUCGCUUCCUCCUUUCUCACCUGGCCCACGGAUCGCCGGAGUCCGUGCCUGCCACGCCCGAUGGCGCUACCACCGCCCCGAGCGACGCGCUGGUUGCGUCAUACGUCGCAUGCACACCAAAGCUUGUGCGUGACGCUCUUCAGGGGUACCUGAGCCGGUGCAUCGCUGACCAUGCAGCCUCUGCAGCCUGUGAUGCUGUUCCCCUUACUGAGUCGAGUGAUUCGGCAACGACAAAGCCUCAACAGCUUCGCCUCGUGGUUGAUGGGUUGAGCUGCGCCGUGCUGAAGAACCCGUGGAGGAUGUAUGAGGUGCUCCAAGAGACCUGCGAUGCCCUGCGCAUUCCUCUCCAGAUUGUUUCGCUGGGCGUUAGCACCCCCAUGUCCGGCGUACGGAGGGCUGAGGCCCUGGAGGCGCACCACGAGGCGCGGGUCGCGGCAGCGUCCCUCACCUUGUUGAGCGAGGAGGCAUUUGAGGCGCUUGACAAGGAGGCACGUGAGGACUACACGCACCGACUCAAGCAUCUGAACGACUGUCGUCGCGAUCUGAAGGCUGCCCAGCAACUGAAGAGAGGGUACAUGAUGCAGCUGCCCCACAAGACUGUACAGCGGGAGGUGGAGGAGACAUUCACCCAGACGCAGAUGGAUGAACAGCAGGCAUUGGCGCUGGUGUCGACGACGAGGUCGACGCGCAAAGCAAAGGCGGCUGCUGGUACCGGCCGAGGUACCUCCCCAGCGGCGGAAGGGGCAAAGAAGCUGCAGGAGCCCGAGUGGGCUGACCUUGACGCCGCGGCGCAGUUCCGUGAGUGGUACACGCACUUUCUCGGCAAGUACGGCACCCCACCAAAGCUCAACGGCGAAGACGACGGCGCCACUGGCGCGGCGACCGUGCGUGCCAGAGCUACCACGUCGCCGCUCAAGGGCGCAGCCGCUGCUGCAGCCGCUGCUGCGGAGCAGGAGAGGGCGAACCACUGGGCUCGCGUUGUAUGUGUCGCUGCUGAGACAGAGACCCCAAAUGAAGUUGCGAAGAUGGUGGAGUUACAGCUGGUCCAGAGCGCUGCCGCGAUGAGCGCAGCCGUUGGUGCUGCAGCUACCACACCGGCAUUGCCGACAGUGUCUGCAGAGGCGACAUCGGCUACCCUCGCCGCGUUUCCAUUCAGCGCUUCCAGUGAAAAUCAACUCUCUGUGAGCCUUAAGGAGACUGACACUCUUGCUGCUGCUUCCACCAUGACGGUGACCGCAGAGUCCCCGCACGCGCCUGCAGUUACAGCGGUGGAGACGAGUUCGAUUGGCGAGUGGUUCUACCUGAACGAGCGCCGUCUGCGCUUCUGGGGCGGCGAGGCCAUCAGCGGCUCACACUGCGUGGCCAGUGUGCUUGCACCACCGCUGUCGGAAGAGGAGGCGCUUGCGGCCAAGGCAACGGCAGCAGUGGCAGCCGCUGCAGGAGCCACCGAGGCCCACACACCUCCUGACGCAGUGAUCACCACAGCCCGUUACGUGCACUUUUUCUCCACUCUGGAGCGUGACGUCAUUCUCGCGAAGAAGAUCAACACCCGAGGCAGGUCGAUCCCGACGGUAAUUCGGCAGGAGGAGGAGGUGACGCGCUGGUGGCUGCCGCCGAGGGCAUCGGUCACGCUGACGCUCGAGUUCUGCAGUGAUCACGUGGGACCCUACACGGAAAAGUGCCUCUUUGGCGUUGUUGGCACGUUGCAGCAGCUGUGCCUCACCGUCUCCGCCACAGUGGCUCUCUCCGACAUCAGCCGAGAUCCGAAGGACAUUUUCCCCGUCGUCAAGGCUCGCGGCACGUCAAUAAUUGGCGGCGUGGAGUCGGGCCAACGGUUAGCAAAGGUGUACGUUGCCUCCAAGAAACUAUUCGACUUUGGGCCGCUGCUCAUUCCACCGCCGCCAGUGCCGAAGAGCCACCGCCGCAGCGUUGAAAAGGGUAGCGUGAACUCGUCCCCGUCGGCAAGUGGGUCGGGGCGCGGUGGCAACGCGGGUGGCGGCAACUACAGCCACAGUCACAGUAAGGUGCAACACCCCUACGAUAGCGCGCUGGGUGAGGAGACGCUUACGUUUGUGAACCGUGAGGCAGGUGAGGCGGAGGUGACGCUGUCGUUCCUCAACGAGAAAGAGAAGACGUUUGCGGUAACCCCGACGAGCUUCGUGCUAAAGCCUGGUGCCUCGCAGCAGGUUACUCUGCGCGCGACGCCAGACAAGGUGGGUGACUUCAUCAACACGCUGCUGGCGUGCAUCAAGGACAAUCCACUGCCCUGGAGGACGGAGGUGAUGUGCACUGGGGCGCGGCCGACGCUGACAGUCAACGGGUGCAAGGAUGUGGAAGUGAACUUUGGGCGCCUCGUGCUGAAUCGAAGCGUGACCAAGGUCUUUUCGCUUGUCAACGAAGGACUGCUGCCGCUGGAGUGGAAGCUGGUGCCGAUUUCAGAUGGCACGACAGUCCGCGGCACCGGGAGCGGUGGUGGCGGGGGAGGGGUUGCUGGAUCCAGCGCAACGGCAGUGGCUCAGUGGCCAGCAGAGCUGCAGUGCUCCGCAAUGGAGGGCGUUAUCAAGGAAGGCGGCAUCUACACGUUGAGCAUGACCUUCGCGCCGACCCACCCCUGCCUCUACACGCGCAGUAUGCUGUUUAUGGUGUCGGACCCGGGCCAUUCUCAGCAGGCUGUGUACGAGUCGGUGCCGAUCAGUAUCAAGGCGGAGGGCUACGACGUCGUGCUGGAGUGGACACGCGAGAUUGCGCUUGGUGUGCUGCACGUUGGGGAAGAAAGGCGCGAGAUGAUCCGCAUUCUCAACAAGGGCCCGUACGAAGUGGGCUAUCAGCUGAAGCUGCCGAAGCGACUGCAGAGGUCAGUGACGCUCUCCAGCCCAUCCGGCACGCUGCGAGGCAUGGUCGGCUUCAAGGACGCGGCUAUCGCCAACAUCGACGUUGUGGCCUGCCUGGAGAAGGAGGGCGAGCUGCCGGCGAGGCUGUCCCUGAUCGAGGUGGCGUUCUUCGACGUUGAGAAGAAGGAGCUGCUUUACCCCGUGCAGAGCAUCCCGAUCACUGGGGAGGCGUGGUACACCAAGUACACGGUGCAACCACCGAGUGUGAACUUUGGCUCCUGCCUCGUUGGCCAGCCGCGCGAGAGCACAUUUGAGCUGCGCAACACAGGCGUGUUCCCCCUGGAGUACUCGCUCUUCAACUACCGCGAUGCUGCUGCUACUACUACUACUGUCGCGAGUGGGAGCGAGACCGGGGCAACAGUGGCGAAUGUCGCGGACUCGGCUACUUCGGCUGGUUCGGCGGCAGCCACAGCCGCUAUGCAUGCUCUCUCUGCCAACGCCAAGAAGUCGACGAAGGCUGCGAAGGGAGGCGAGAUGGACGUCGCUGUUGGCGCCUUCACGUGUCGCCCAUGUCGGGGAAUCAUCCCCGCUGGUAGCGCGCAGACUAUCACUGUUUCAACAGUCCCUGGCAAGCAGAGCCGCACUCACGAGACGAUCGGUGUGCGAGUCCUGCAAAGUGGCCCCGAGUUGGAGCGGUACGGCACUCCGGUUGAGGUAUCCGCCUACCCGGCGAUGCCGUCGAUCGCCGCCGACCUCACUUCGAGCGCCGAUAUCGAAACCAUCUUUGAGGAGCAGCGCGUCGUAUACCGCCUAGAUCAGCUGGCGAAGGGUGUGUGCGCUUACUGCAAAGAGGAGCGGGUCUUUUCCUUCGGCACGACUCUUGUGGGGCAUCGCAGCGAGGAGCGCUUUCGCAUUGCCAACAGCAGCCCACUUCCUUGCACUGUCGUCGCGCUUCUCGAAGAGGCCACCGCGACCGGAGCCAGCGGGAACAUCAGCGGCGGUAACGCGGCUCGUGGAAACGCGAGCGCCACGAGAAGCGCGUGCAAGCUUGCCACAGGUAGCGGUGGCAGUGGGGGCAACGCUGCAGUAGGUGGGGUAGGCAGGAUGGAGGGGUUUGAUCUCUCCUUGGCUGGCAGCGGUGCAGCCCUCGCGCAGACGAGAACAACGACCGUCAAGAUGGUGCUGCCGCCGUAUGAGAGCCGUUUCCUCACCAUCGGCUUCACCCCGGGCUCACUGCGCCGCUUCCAAGGCCAGCUUGUGGCCACAGUGGAGAGCGUCGCCACCUCAAGCGAUAACGGGGCGGAGCCCGGGCAGCAGCUGCGCUUUGGUCUGUGCGGCGAGGGCACCCUACCUAAUGUAGAGGUCGAACUGCCACCGCGCCUGCUGUCAUCUGCGGCGCCGUGGAGCGGCGGCAGCAAGUCUUCUGGCGUGUACGUUGGAUCAGCGGAGCGGGUGCACCGCCGUACAGACAGCGGUGGCACCAGCAGCGAGCGUAAGCGAGGCCCGCGCCGGGGUGGCAGCUCAGGUGGAAUUAGCUCCCCAUCGCUGAGCGGACAAAUCGAUGGUUACGCGGUCAGUUCCACUGUCGCGGAGGUGCUAGAGCUUCCCUUGACGCGUGUCGGCGCCGUCGCGUCGCGCAGCUUCACGCUACGGAAUGUAGGGUGCGUGACGGCCGAGGUCCAGCUCGAGCUUAUGCCGACUGGGGGGGAUGGCGAUGGUGCACUGAGCUCCGCCUUUACGGUCACCACCAGCGGCGGCGCCGCUGGCAGCACCGUCAAGAAGCACCGCUGCGCCUUGUCGCGGAACAGGGCCGAGCUCUUUGUGCCUGCUGGCCAGUCUGAGGUCGUUGAGUUGGUGUACGCGCCGACCCAGAUUGAGACGACGGCGGCACGGUUACGCGUGUUGCUGCGAGAAAACCCAUUUGAGGAGAAGGAGGUGCACGUCCUUGCCCAUAGCUUCGACAGCCCCAUCUCCUUCGACGGCAUCGACCCGUCUAGCCCGGACUUCUAUGACGUUGGAGAUUGCUGGGUGGGUGUCGACAAGAGCUGCACCUUCACCGUUCGAAACAAUACAGCGUCGCUGGUGCGCUACGAGUGGCAGUAUCCGAACGACGUUGUGCGUAUGGUGCCUUCCACCGGACACCUCAGCGCCGGUGCCACGCGGGAGAUCACGGCGGUGGUGCGCACAGACUUGCAGAACCUUCACCAAGUCGCGCAUUGCAGCGUUCAUGUCCAGUCCAUUCAGUUGCUGACCGGUGCGCUGGGAGGCGGACUUGUGCACUCCAGCAUCAGUGGCGGUGGCACCGCGUCUGGUGGUGCUGGCGGCGGCGCAGCCCCAACCACUGGGGCUACAAACGCGGCUAUCACGGAAUGGGACAACUCAAUGCAGACUCCGAAGUGGGUCCUGCGCGAGGACGACAUCGUUACGAGCGCCUCCGCCACCGGGGCACACUCGACAGCUGCGACGGCCGCGUUUCUGUCCACUGCCGCCUCCAUGGUUGGCCGCCGCAACUUGAAGCAGGUCAUGGAGGCGCUGCCGGAGCCACCGUACGUCCUUGUCGACGCUGUCACCGUGACACAGCCUCUCACGCUGGGGUACAGCUGCAGUGUGCCGACGUACCAGUGCCAGCUGGUCAACGCGGCAACCGGUGCGGUGACGGACCUGAAAGCGAUUUCUUUCGAGCACACCUAUCUGAUGCAGAAGCGUGUGGCGAUAGUGCGAGUAACCAAUAUAGGCAGCGUGGGACUGCCUCUGACGUACUGCAUCGCCACCUCUGGCGAGGUGGAAGGGGCGGCAACGCGGGUCGUAUCGCAGCAGGAUUUGGCAUUACCAUACACUCGGCGCGGCGACAGUUCAGCGACGACGACUGGCAUGGCCUCUAGGGCUUCUAUUGCCGCUCCUGCUCUUGAGAAUGGUGCUGAGGCGUUGCACGAGUCGUUGGACUACACGGCCCCCACCGCUGACUUUUCUGUCGUGCGGUCACCGACGUCUUGUGCGGCGAGCGCCGUACCGCCCGGCGCACAGGUCGACCUCCACGUCGAGUUCACCCCUCGUUCCGUCGGCCUUAUCACGGCGGAGCUAAUCUUGUCGAUGCCACACAGCGACCCUGCAGAGGUGCGCGUGCCGUUGCAAGGCGUAGCGGAGUGCCCACUUGUCCACUUCAACGUCCCACCUACUACAUACCCGGACACGCGCUCGGUGGCAACCAACGGCAGUGUGGCCAACAGGGCCCAUGACACGGUCGUCGUGGAGUUCCUCGCCCGCGGGCUCCACACGAAGGCCAUCGUCAAGUUCUCCGUAGUGAACCCGACAGCAACGGCGUAUAGUUACGAAUGGGUCGAGGAGGGCAUGGGGCGCAGGGCAAGCGCCGGCGGCGGCAGCAGUGGUGCCAGCGGCGGCUCUGUGUCGCCGUUCCGCUGCCUGACACCCAUCGGUGUGAUUGCCGCCGGGCGCCAGGCUGAGGCGACCUUUGAGUUUUUCGCGGACACCCUGGGGAUGCGGGAGUCGGCCUGGUCCUUCCAGAUCCCCGGCCGUGCUACGAUCCCGUUCGUGCUGGUCGGCACCGCGGUCGAGCCGAAUGUGUACUUUCAUGCGAGCAAGGUAAUCUUUGGCCACGUGCAGGUCGGCACCCAGGCCGAGCAGACGGUUGUCCUGGAGAACUGCGACGACAUCCCCUUCACCUUCUCAUGGGAUAAGUUGUCGAUGGAGGGGACGUCAUCGUUCUUGUCUGUCAGGCCUCUUCGUGGUAGCAUCGCCCCGCACGAGCGGCUCUUAGUCACUGUGACGUUCUCGCCGCAAGACGAGGUGGAGUACAACGUGCCGCUCCGCUGCGCGGUGAAGCGGUCGAGCGUUCCGCUCUCAAUCAACAUCAAGGGGGUCGGCGUGAGCGUGCACGACUCGCUGCAGGUAGAGCCGAUCGAGGAUGGGGCGGAGCCAACGCUCGUGGUGCGCGGCCAGCCGCUUAUGUUGAAUCUCGAUCGGGUGCAGGUGCACUCAACGAUCGUGCGCCGCUUUGCGAUGCGCAACACCGGCUCCCACCCAUUUCACUACAGCGUCGAGGCACCGGAGAACUCCUCUGUAACCCUGGAGGGGAUGGAGGGCGAGAUUGCCGCGAAGCAGACGGGGGUGGUUGUGUUUCAGUACCACCCGACGUGCGAGGAGACGCUGAGGCAGUUCCGCCUCCUCUUCCGCAUCGAGGGCAAGGUCGCCUACAAGGUCAGCAUCAAAGCCACGGCCUACUUGCCCCGGCUGCAACUCAGCUUUGACCACUACGACUUCGGACCUCGAUUCAUUUCAGCGUACAACAACGGACUAGCGACGGGGCUGCCAGAUGCUUGCGCCUCUCUACUGCGGAACUCCUCCUCGACGGUGGUGUCUGGGGCCGCUGUGGCGGUGCUGCAGCUUACUAACCUCGAGUCGGAAGUUGUCACCGUCGAUUGCAGCGUGUCUGGGCAGAACGCAUGGUGUCGCCUCGACAGCACGACGCUUGUGGUGCGUCCCAAGGACUCGGCGCGGCUGCGGCUUACCUUUGUGCCAUCUGAGGUCCGCCAGUACGAUGACAGUCUGCGCCUGUGUUUCAACGGCCUUCACACUGUCCUCAUUCCACUCGCCGGUGAGGGUGUAGUGCCGCGCGUCGAGGUGGUCAAUCCGUUUGCAAAACUUGGCAUUGUCCGCAUCGGCGAGACGCGGCAGACAGAGGUGAAGCUGCUGUGCCUUAGCAAGAUCCCGACCCCGAUAUCGUUUGCGCAGACCAUGGUCGACGACCUUCUGCAGAAGGGCUUCUCCAUUUUCCUGCCAGGACAGGCGCCGGCGGCAACCGCAGCAAGCGGACUGGCGAUGCUGCUGAAGCCGAAGGAGAGUGCGACGGUGGUGUUGUCUUUUGCACCAAAGCAGCGAAUGGGCGGGUUCAGCAGGGAGGUGAAGAUGCUCGUGUGCGGGGUGGAGGUGCCAUUUUUGUCUCUCAGCGGGUCGUGCGCCGAUGCGGAGGUGCACCUGGACACGUCGGUGCUCUUGUUUCGCGAUGUCGUGGUCGGCGCCUCGGCGACGCGACGAGUGUCCAUCCUCAACAGCGGCGACAUCUCGCAAAAGUUCUCGUGGGUGAGCAGUCUGCAGAAGCUGCGACCGCAGGGUGAAUGGAGCAUUGUUCCGUCCUCCGGCUAUGUCAGAGCCCACACGGAACUGACCUGUGAGCUGCGGUACACGCCGAGCUUGCCGAAGAAAGGCAACACCACGACAGCCGCAGCGACAGGGCCGUCAGCGCCAGUGCAGCAGAGUUUGACCGUGGAGCUGGACAGCUCACCUAAAAUUUCACUCACGAUCGAAUCGAGCUGGGUCGCUCAACCGGCGGCUACAGAGACGGUUCACUUCGCAUGCCGCGCACGCGAGACGGAUGUGAAGCUGAUCGAGGUGUACAACUCGUCAGAUGCCCCAUGGACAACAGAGCCUGUGCUGGACAACUUGCUUUGGACCUGCCCGACGCAGCUCACGCUGAAGCCGAAGACGAAGACGAUGGUGGCUGUUACGUAUCAGCCGGUGCGACCAACCUCUAACACAGCAGUGGCAUCCGGCAAAUCGUGCAGCAACGCGUCGAGUGACUCCACAACCGACAUGCCGUCAUCAAAAGACAAGGCAACCCUCUUCAUUCCUCUUCCCGACGGCACUGGGCGAUGCGUAGCGCUGGAGGGCACCGCUGAAGCUCCUGGGUUGGCGUGCCCGGUGCAGGAGUACGACGGUGUUACGCAGGCUAGUCUACCUCUCUACUUCCAGGUUCGCAACUGGUCCGCCACAGAGACUGCCCGCUUCCGCCGAGAAGUGGAGUGGAGCUCGGUGACCCAGAGGGGCACCGACGAAUCAAACCAGUCGACUGCGCAAGUUUCUAGCCUGAUCCGCAUCGAGCAAGCUGAGGUCGACGGUUGUGCUCGAAAGAGUAUCUCGAACGCGCGCUCUGGCCGACUGAGCACUCGAGUCGCAACAGCGCCGACAGCUUCCCCGGCGCAGAACGUGAUCGAGCUUCCUCCCGGCGCUUCGCGAGAAUCGGUGCUAACGGUGACUCCGUUGUGCGAUGGUGUGUACAAGGGUACGGUGCGCUUUGUGCCAAUUGAUGGCCCUGGCGUCACCGCGGCAGCUGAGGCCGUGCAGUUCUACGAGUUUGUCAUCCGCGUGCGACCUGUAGAGGUGUCUGUGCCGUCGACUGUUGACCUGCACGCUGCCCUGCGCGAACUGGCGAGUUUUGCGAUUCCACUGACAAACCCCCUGUCCAAACCGGCUGUCUUCAAGCUUGAGGUGGGAGCUGCGGACGGCACUGCAUCAACGACCGCCGCGAGCGCCGCUCUGGAGGCGUUUACGUUUCCAUCGACCUUGACGGUGCCAGCGCACAGUCACGUGCAGGCGCCGGUACAGUUUUUCCCUCUUAUCCCAAGACCGCCGGCGAUGCUGCGGUGCACCGUGACGUCUGCUGAACUAGGUACCACCGCUGUCUACAACUUUCGACUCUUGACCACGUGCGACGUCGCGGCACCGGAGCGGAUGACUCGGCUAGUCUGCCCUCUGGGGCAGCACACAAACUUUGUCCUGCGCUUCACGCACUACUCCAAGACAAACACCGAUUUUUCGAUCCGCGUCGGUGGCGAGGCGUUAGGGAAAGGUGCGGCAACGUUCACGCGAGUCGGUGCGAGCGGCGGCGGCGGCCAAGGGGCGGUGGUAAAGGUGAACGCUUGCCCGCCGUCGCCAGCCACGUCCACCUCACUGGUCCCCAAGGGGCAAGAGGUGGUGGUGGAGUUUAGCUAUGAGCCUUCUGAGCUUGGCGAGGUAGCUGAGACGAUCGAGUUUGUCUCUGCUGUCGCUGGUGUGUACACGUUCCCGAUUGUGGCGAGCUGCACAUGGCCUGAGCGCCAGGGCCCCUUCGUGAUGCGCUCAGGCCAAAACGUGCAGCUUCCCUUCAAGAACGUCUUUAAUGAUCCGGUCGCUAUUGCGGUGACGUCGGACUCGCAGUUCUUCGUGCCAUCGCGCAAGACGGAGACAAUCGCGCCGCACAAGACGGCGAACGUGAUGGUGCAAUGCAAGCCGGAGGAGGGUGUUGAGGUGAUGCGAGGUCGCAUUACUAUUACAUGCGUGCCGCCUGGCAAGCAGGCGCCAAAUCAACCCCAGCAACCGGUACAGUGGGUGUACUACGUCGAGGCAACCAACGCGCACGACCGUAGCGGCUCCUCGAAGCUGUCCAAGGGCAAGAAAUGA